UGUUGUAGCCCACGUCUUCAUCAAACUGCACGCACGACGCCACUCCUCUGCUACCGACGCAUCGCAGGGGCCGGGGCCGCCGUCCCGCCCGCCGCUCCUUCUCUGCUGCACCACAGACGCUAGCGCGGAUCGCCGUCGCCGCCCGCCGCUCCUCCUCUAAUUCUAGACGGACGCGAGCUCGGAUCGCCGUCGCCUCCUCCGGCCGCUCAUCCUCUGCCGCCCCAUGGUCUCGACGCCGGAGGCUCUCCUAUUGGUCGGAUGCUGCCCCCACGGAUGCGAGCUCUCGCCGCUCCUCCUUUUCUGCCCCACGGGCUCGCCGCCGACCGCUCUCCCUUCGUCGGUUGCUGCUCUAUACGCCCAUAGCCGUAAUUGCGGAACGCGCCGCCGAUUCUCUGCGCUGGAAGAUCAGGGGAAGGCUCUCCUCUGCAUCGGAUCUGGCAUCCUGAGCCUUCCAAUGAUCGGAUCCGGUGAGAUUUGCCACCUCCUGCUAUCGUCCAUGUGUAGCUCGUCGACUUCACCCAGGAUGGCCACCAAGACGAGUCGACGACCUCUGCCUCAUAGCUGUCUUCCCCGAGAGCUGACGCUGUCUCCAUGCCGCACGAGGUGGACAUCUGCAGUAAAUAAUCAGGUGUUUCCUCAUUAUCAAAGUCAAUGCUCUGUGAGUGUGCAGCGAGUGCGUGUGAAUGUGCCGAUGCGAGGUAGUGGAGGGUUCAGCAAGCUUUUUAACAAAUUGGCUGCUACGAAGACCGGUUGCUUCAAAUUUUGUUUUGGUGCUUUUGGAGAUUUGAUUGUACAAGAAAAUGAUCUACCUUGCAAUAUCAUUUUUCUUGCAAAUGAAGAAAUUCAGAGCAUCUAAGUCUUAAAUGUAUCUGCUAAAUCCUUUAUGUUGUCCGGAAGUCAACGAACAACCAGACCAGGAAGGCGUGGAGCUUGAGCUUGAGCUGCAGCGACAAUGACAACUUGGGCGUCAACUUAAAAAAACAACAGUUCAAGUGUACUCUCUCUCUCUCUCCGUGUGUGUGUGUGUGUGUGUUUCUACUAAGUACAGUCUGUGUACUGUUCUAUCCUUGUUCUGUUUUCUUCAACCAUUUUUUGUUGUAUAUUCUCUGUCAGUAAAUGCCCCAAUCUAUUUUAUCUAGGCAGCAUGUAUUUGGUACUACAAUAAGUUGGUGCGAUAUCCUCCAAUAUUUUGUUAUCUAGGCAGUCAAAACAACUUCAGUCCGCUUAAUUUUUUUUCUGCUUUUGCUGUUGUGGUGAGAGAAAGAAAGAGAUGUGGUGGCAAUGGAGAACUUGGACCAAUUGAUAAUAUACCAUAGUUGUGGUAGUUAAUGUUUGUGGUACUUCCUUUAGGAUAUUUGUUCUAUACAUAUGUUCCACCAGAUAUUCAUUCAAAUUGUACCCUUCUCUAUCAAUUAGUAUGGUUCUUAGCUAACUGCGUGAUUAUGAUUGAACACUUAGUAUCUUAAGAAGAUAAAUAAUGAACGCAGACUGCUCUCCUCCAGUUUAGUGGAAGCGUAGGAGGCAACCAUGGAGGUGAUAGACGCAAUGGCUUGAGCAUGACGGAUGAUUGUCCCUAAGUUUCUACCACUGAGUUGGUGCAUGCUCCAAUAUUACCAGGUCAGUGCUUCAAAUCAUCAGACCUUGGCGCUAUUCCUUGUCAUAGAGGAGGUCAGUACUUCAAAUCAUCCUUAGCUCCGUUAUUUUUCUUUUGCAGAUCUUAGGAUAAUGGGUCAAUUUCUUACUUUUCUUUUCAAUAUCGUUUUUUUAUCCCCUAUGCUUACGCGAUGAUUAUGUGACUUAUCUGUCAGAGAACGAAUCAUGCUAAAAUUUUCUUGUACAUAAAUGAUGCAUGUAUGUUUAUUCUUGUUUUUCUUAUUACUUCAGAUUUUUUCUGUGGAUGGGCUCAACAGAUAUUAUAUUCAUCACAUAACUUGCUAUUUACUGAGUAGUAUGUGUUGCUCACUCUUUAUUUUCGUGGCGCAGAAGUAUGAUCAUGACCCUGCUCAAGUUCGGCCUCACUGCUGUCGCUAUAGCUGCUUCUGUGAGUCUCUAUAAUCUUCUUCGCCAUCGGUUCAGUAACCCUCUCGGUUUUGUUCUCUCCUCUUCUCUUGUGCUCUCUGACCCAGACAUUGGUCGAUGUGACUCUUGUGAUGCCAGCCAUCAAGCUUCUCGUGCUUUGGUUACUGCUAAUGCUUGGCUCCUAAUGUAUAGGUGAGAGGAAGAUACAGAUGUACCUAAGAUUAGUAGUUCGCAUAUCAAAAGUCACCAUUCAGUUAGCAUGCGCACUUUAGCUAGCUUCCAAUUCACUUGUAGGUCUGAGAGAAAAGAGAGUGCCCUACCUUCUAUCUAGCUUCCAAUUAACUUGUAGGUGUACUAAGUUAUCCUUCAAUUUUCAGAUCAUGUACAACCUGAUUCAGUGCACAUGUUUCAGGGGCUAUAUUCAGUACAAAAUGCUCAAUGAAAAACCCUGCAAGUACUCUUAUUCA